ACGACACUCGCGUGGACAGAACAUCUAUAUCAGUCAGCCCGGGAUAUAGACAGCCGGUCGACCUGGGGCGCGGAACACUUGUGAAUCGAACGUCGCCGGUAUCGGACAUGAGUAGAAGUUCGCUGGACGUGGAAGACUGUGUCGGUGGUAAUCGGAAGUAAAUCGCGGUUGGAUUCGUCGCAGUUGUUUGGUUCAGAUGUGCAGCUUGGAUUAUCCUGCAGUGGCGGCAACUGUUUGUGAAGUGAAAGUGAAGCUUAGAUACUGUUUAAACGCGAAUUAGCGGUGACAAUGAAGCCACUUGACAUUAGUACUGCUGUACUACUUACCGUGUUGUGUUGGAAAAGAGUUAAUUCAGUUUUUGUUCCGAUAACGCACCAAUCCCAGGAAGUACACGUGCAACGCCUAUCGAACGCAUCAACCAGCUUGGAAGAGCUCGCUGCGCUGGAAGACCGUGCCGGUAUCGGGUUUGCCCCGGGCUUCAACGAAUCUCAAUCACCACAAAUAUGUGUUCUCACCACGUCGAUGGACGAUCUGCCGCCGGAUCUGUUUUCAAAAACUCAGCGACUUCGAGGAGCGAUUCUGUUGCACUUCUUUGCGGCAGUUUAUUUCUUCAUAAUACUUGCUUACAUUUGCAGCGAGUACUUUCUUCCUUCCGUGGAGUGCAUCUGUGAAGAUUUGCAUCUUUCAGAGGACGUGGCUGCGGCCACCUUUAUGGCAACGGCAACCUCCAUGCCGGAGUUCUUCACCAACACCAUCAGUACGCUUGUGGUCGAUUCCGACAUGGGCUUGGGAACAAUCCUGGGAUCGAUGCUGUUCAACACGCUUGGGGUGGCCGCCCUGGUGGCAAUACUGACCAAAAGUCACGUCAAACUCGACUGGUGGCCACUCACGCGGGACUCCAUAAUCGUGAUGAUCGCGAUCAGCUCACUGGUCAGCUGCCUGUGGGACGAACGCGUCUACUGGUACGAAUCGGUAGUGUUCGUUGUGCUCUACGUGUUGUACUUCCUGGUGAUGUUCCAAAACGAACGUAUGAAGCGGAUCGCAACGGAUCUGAUCGAAACGCGCUGGAAUCUGUGCACCAGGCUGGAGGAACCCAAGGCGGACGAUGAGUUCACGGAGCAAUCUUCGCGCAAGUAUUCGGUGGCCGUGCUGGGUGAAGCGAUCAACACCACGCUGGAACUUCCGGCGGCGAAAAAGAACGUUUCCCGUAGGUGUAGCAUACCGGUGUUCGUUCCGUCGGAGGAACCCGCGGCAAACAAGAUGAAACUGCUUACAGUAUCGACUGGAUCGUGGUUCGCCGUUGUUUGGUGGUGCUACACGUGGCCGUUUCGGUUACUGAUUCACUUCACCAUUCCGGAUGCCAGGGUUCACCGGAAGUGGUACCCGCUGACGUUUUUCAUGUGCAUUCUGUGGAUCGGUGGAACAUCGUACGUGGUGUUCUGGAUGAUGUCCAUUAUUGGGGAGACGUUCGCGGUGCCGGAAACGGUCAUGGGUCUGACUUUUCUGGCGUUUGGAGGCUGCAUGCCGGAGGCGGUAUCCGCCGUUACUGUCAUCCGGAAAGGCAACGGAUCGAUGGGCGUGUCCAACUCGCUGGGAGCAAACACACUCGCGAUCCUGUUCUCCUUGGGUCUGCCGUGGUUCAUUCGGAACAUGAUGGAGGGAGGGGCCUCUACCGGAGCUUACGUCGAAAUCAACUCGUACGGAAUGCAGUAUUCGGUGUUUGGUCUCUUUCUGGCGGUUGGCAUUCUGUAUGCGGUGCUGUUCGCGUCGAAAUAUACGCUCAGGAAGUUGGUCGGGUUAGUGCUUAUGGGAGGCUAUCUGCUGAUUGUUACGUUUAUGAUAUUAGUCGAGCUGGAUGUGUUCUUUCCGUCGGAAAAAACAUGCUGACGGGAAUGAAACGCUCGUUGUUUUAUUUAUGGUACUUGGAUUGUGAUUUUUAGAUUGUAGGAUGUUGUAAUUGUUGUAAGUUGUUAGUUUAAAUGGUCUUACCAAAUAUGUAGAU